GCCCCUCCCCGCCUGCUGCUCCGCUCCCCCUGCAGCGCCUCCCCGAGCUGGGAGGCAGCCGGAGGGGGCUCCGGGCGCCGCGCCGCAGACCUGCUCCGGCUGCGUGCCGCGCCUCUCUCCUCCGGGAGUGGCAGCGGCAGCCGCAGCGGCGGCGGCAGGGGGUUUCCAAGACUCGCAGCUCCUCGGGGGAGCAGAGAGCCGGGCGCGCCUCUCCUGUGCGCCCAGCACCCGCAGUCUGCUGCGCCGCCCCCCGGGACUCGCCGCCCAGCAUGGAUCUCCUCCUGGCUCUGCUGCUCGCGUCCUCGCUCUACCUGCAGGCUGCUGCUGAGUUCGACGGAAGGUGGCCCAGGCAAUUAAUGUCAUCAAUUGGCCUAUGUCGUUAUGGUGGGAGGAUUGACUGCUGCUGGGGCUGGGCUCGCCAGUCCUGGGGACAGUGUCAGCCUGUGUGCCAACCACGAUGCAAGCAUGGCGAGUGUAUUGGGCCAAACAAGUGCAAGUGUCAUCCUGGGUAUGCUGGAAAAACCUGCAAUCAAGACGAGCACUUCUACCCAACUCCUCUUGACCAAGGCAGUGAACAGCCUCUUUUCCAACCCCCGGAUCAUCAAGCCACAAGUUUACCUUCAAGGGAUCUAAAUGAAUGUGGCCUGAAGCCUCGGCCCUGUAAGCACAGGUGUAUGAACACUUAUGGCAGCUACAAGUGCUACUGUCUCAAUGGAUAUAUGCUUAUGCCGGAUGGGUCCUGCUCAAGUGCCCUGACAUGUUCCAUGGCAAACUGUCAGUAUGGCUGUGAUGUAGUCAAAGGGCAAAUACGGUGCCAGUGCCCCUCUCCUGGCCUACGGCUGGCUCCUGAUGGGAGGACCUGUGUGGAUAUUGAUGAAUGUUCUACUGGAAGAGCCUUCUGCCCUAGAUUUAGGCAGUGUGUCAACACUUUCGGGAGUUACAUCUGCAAGUGCCAUAAAGGCUUUGACCUCAUGUACAUUGGAGGCAAAUACCAAUGUCACGAUAUAGACGAAUGCUCCCUUGGUCAGUAUCAGUGCAGUAGCUUUGCUCGAUGUUACAACAUACAUGGGUCCUACAAGUGUAAAUGUAAAGAUGGAUACCAGGGCGAUGGACUGAGUUGCGUGUAUAUCCCCAAAGUCAUGAUUGAACCCUCAGGUCCAAUUCAUGUGCCAAAAGGAAAUGAUACCAUUUUAAAGGGUGAUGGAGGACAUAAUAAUUGGAUUCCUGAUGUCGGAAGUACUAGGUGGCCUCUGAGGACACCAUAUAUUCCUCCUGUCAUUACCAGCAGGCCUACAUCUAAGCCAACCACAAGACCUACACCAAAGCCAACACCACAGCCUACUCCACCACCACCACCACCCCUGCCAACAGAGCUCAGAACACCUCCACCAACAACAACACCAGAAAGGCCAACCAUCAGACUGACAACUAUAGCACCAGCUGCCAGUACAUCUCCAAGUGCGAUUACAGUUGACAACAGGAUACAGACAGAUCCUCAGAAACCCAGAGGAGAUGUGUUCAUUCCACGGCAGCCUUCAAAUGACUUGUUUGAAAUAUUCGAAAUAGAACGAGGAGUCAGUGCAGAUGAUGAAGCAAAGGAUGAUCCAGGUGUUCUGGUACACAGUUGUAAUUUUGACCAUGGACUUUGUGGAUGGAUCAGGGAAAAAGACAGUGACUUGCACUGGGAACCAAUCAGGGACCCAGCAGGUGGACAAUAUCUGACAGUGUCGGCAGCCAAAGCCCCAGGGGGAAAAGCUGCUCGCUUGGUGCUACCUCUCGGCCACCUCAUGCAUUCAGGGGACCUGUGCCUGUCAUUCAGGCACAAGGUGACUGGGCUGCACUCUGGCACGCUCCAGGUGUUUGUGAGAAAACACGGUGCCCAUGGAGCAGCCCUGUGGGGAAGAAAUGGUGGCCAUGGCUGGAGGCAAACACAGAUCACCUUGCGAGAGGCUGACGUCAAGAGCGUCAUCUUCAAAGGUGAAAAAAGGCGUGGUCACACUGGGGAGAUUGGAUUGGAUGAUGUGAGCUUGAAAAAAGGCCACUGCUCUGAAGAACACUAACAACUCCAGACCUAGCAAUGAACGCCUGUGUCGCUCCCUCUUCUUUUUCCAAUCCUCAUCUUCUCUCCUCUUUUCCCUCUUAUCAGGCCUAGGAGAAGAGAGGGUCAGUGGGUCAGAAGGAGGUCUGGUUGGUGACCCACAUCUCACUGGCCUGCUUUUGUGCAAUCUCAAUGAACAGUGACAACCUCCUUGAAAUACAGGGGCAUCUGUAGACACAUCCAAGCCAUCUUUGGGUGGCACCUUCCAUCCUGUGUUUCUUUUAGGAAGGCCUUUGAUGUGUGUGACCCAUACCAUCCUUCAUCCUGGUUGCAAGGAGCUCCUUGUAGCAAAUUAUGGGAGCAAAUUAUGGGAGAAGUAUCAAAUGAAAUCUGUACAAAUGGCCAUUCUGUUGUCUGUUCAAUGUUGUGCCGUUAGUAGUAUUGACUUCCAUUAAGGUAUGAUGCACAUUGUGCUUGUGAAAUAGGUUUAUCCUCCUAACUUAAGUUAGUUCUGGCCUGACCUGAACUCUGACUUUUACUGCCAUUCACUUUAUAAAAUAAGGGUGUGUAACUUAUCAAGAUACAUUUAUUCUUGUUAUCUGUAUUUUUCUUUUAAAGUAGAGUGGGCACGUAAUCCCUCAUUAGAUGUACUGUGUUUUGUAUAAAUGUGCUCUUAAUAUUAAGUAUUUACAUGUUUCUACUAUUUACAGACUCUAGUUGCACGGUAAAAGGCAGCUUAUGAUCUCUUGAGUUAAAAAAUAUGUGGUGAAGUGUCAUCCCGUCCCAUGACCUUAUAUUGGCAGCAAGAGAAAAUUGACAGAGGUCUCAGGUUGUGGUGGUGGAGUGAUGAAUUUUUUUUAAUGGCCUUGUGUUUGAUCUGUACAAAGGAUAGUAAACCAUUCAGGGAGACAAGAAACUGCAGUUAAUAUAUAAAACCCGCACAGUUUCAAGUUGUAUUUUAAAACAAACAGCUUUUACCAUCAUAACGUGGCUCUCUUUGGUAAUCUGUGAGAAGCUUUGUGAAAGUUUUGGUUGUUUCAGAGGAAGAAUUCUAUUAUGGAAACAGGGUGAGAGGAAGCUUAGGGGAAGCUCCAUUGGAACAUAUUUUCAUACUAAGUUUUAAAUCAAUAUAAACUUAGGCAGGUCAAUGUAUGUGCUACGUCAGGAUGGGAUAGGAAGCAAGUCCUGUGCUUUGAGGCAUUCACUGGAUGUGUUGGGAGGGAAUUCAUACAUGCUAGAGGGACAGGACAGCAUUGGAAUCCUAAGGCCAUGAACCCGCAACUAUAUUUCCUCCCUGCAUAUUUUACCUUUAUGUUAAAAAGUAUACAACUUUUAAAAUGCAAUUUACUCCUGAGGCUCUUCUUCAUUUCUGAUUAAGUAAUCAAAAUAUUUUCUGCUGUUUUUGCCAGGAAUCACAAAGAUGAUUAAAGGGUUGGAAAAAAAGAUCUAUGAUGAAAAAUUAAAGGAACUGGGAUUAUUCAGCCUGGA